AUGGCGCUUGUUAAUCAAACCCCUGACAUCUCCGGCGAACGACAAUCCGGCCAAGACGUUCGCACCCAAAACGUUGUAGCAUGCCAAGCAGUUGCAAACAUCGUGAAAACCUCAUUAGGUCCCGUCGGUCUCGACAAGAUGCUUGUUGAUGACAUCGGCGAUGUUACUAUCACUAACGACGGUGCUACCAUUCUCAAGAUGCUGGAAGUUGAACAUCCUGCUGCUAAGGUUUUGGUUGAGCUUGCUGAACUUCAAGAUAGAGAAGUUGGAGAUGGUACUACUUCCGUUGUCAUUGUGGCUGCGGAGCUUCUUAAAAGAGCAAAUGAUCUUGUUAGGAAUAAGAUUCAUCCAACUUCAAUUAUCAGCGGAUAUAGGCUUGCUAUGCGAGAGGCGUGUAAAUACAUUGAUGAAAAGUUGGCUGUCAAGGUUGAAAAGCUAGGAAAAGAUUCACUAGUUAACUGUGCCAAGACCAGCAUGUCCUCGAAGCUGAUAGCUGGAGACAGCGACUUCUUUGCGAAUUUGGUUGUGGAUGCAGUGCAAGCUGUAAAGAUGACCAAUGCUCGCGGUGAAAUUAGAUACCCAAUCAAGGGAAUCAAUAUAUUGAAGGCACACGGUAAGAGUGCUAGAGAGAGCUUUUUGAUGAAUGGUUAUGCUCUUAAUACUGGCCGUGCUGCCCAAGGAAUGCCUCUCAAGGUUUCCCCUGCAAAAAUUGCUUGUCUUGAUUUCAAUCUUCAGAAGACAAAAAUGCAACUGGGUGUUCAAGUAUUAGUUUCUGAUCCCAGGGAGCUUGAGAAAAUUCGCCAAAGAGAGGCUGAUAUGACUAAGGAACGGAUUGAAAAACUACUCAAAGCUGGCGCCAAUGUUGUUCUGACCACUAAAGGAAUUGAUGACAUGGCACUUAAGUACUUUGUUGAGGCCGGGGCAAUUGCUGUGAGGCGUGUGCGGAAAGAGGAUAUGCGACAUGUUGCCAAAGCAACUGGAGCAACACUGGUCUCAACAUUUGCUGAUAUGGAAGGAGAGGAAACUUUUGAACCGUCAUUUCUUGGAAUUGCAGAUGAGGUUGUUGAGGAGCGCAUUGCUGAUGAUGCUGUAAUCAUGAUUAAAGGGACCAAGACUUCUGGUGCAGUCUCUUUGGUUCUUAGAGGUGCAAAUGAUUAUAUGCUUGAUGAAAUGGAUAGAGCUCUGCAUGAUGCGCUAUCAAUUGUCAAGAGAACGCUCGAGUCAAAUACAGUGGUUGCUGGUGGAGGUGCUGUUGAAUCGGCAUUGUCAGUUUAUUUGGAAUACCUUGCUACAACUUUAGGAUCACGGGAGCAGUUGGCUAUAGCAGAGUUUGCUGAGUCUCUGUUGAUCAUUCCAAAGGUGCUUUCUGUCAAUGCUGCUAAGGAUGCCACAGAUCUGGUUGCAAAGUUACGAGCCUACCACCAUACUGCACAAACUAGAGCAGAUAAGAAGCAUUUAUCAAGCAUGGGUUUGGAUCUCUCAGAAGGGAAGAUUAGAAACAACUUGGAAGCUGGAGUCAUCGAGCCUGCUAUGAGCAAAGUUAAAAUCAUUCAGUUUGCAACUGAAGCUGCUAUUACUAUUCUCCGGAUCGACGAUAUGAUCAAGCUUGUCAAGGAUGAAGGUCAGGAAGAAUAG